AGUCACCGCCCUCAAAAUGGAUAAACAACAAAGAUGGAGUUGUGAACUGAGAGCUACGCAGACACCUCUAGUAAAUGUUUGUGGUUUUUUCCUUACAGACUUUUAAGCGUCUAAAUAAUAAAGCUGACGUAGUACAGUAAUAUUAGAUGUAGUUUAUGACUGUUAGUCAUCCCGAGAAGCUGUCUAACAGGUAAACAAGUCGGUUUCUAGGAAACGACUCAACAACAAAGCUUUGUUGCUAGCUCGUUUUCACUCAGCGUGCUAAGCUAGUGGACACGCGAAGACAAAAAUGGAGAAGAGAAACUUCCUGAAGGGGCUGCCUGUCUACAACAAAAACAGCUUCACCAGGUUCCAUGCAGACUCUGUAUGUAAAGCAUCAAACCGUCGGCCGUCUGUGUAUCUUCCUACACGAGAAUAUCCAUCAGAUCAGAUCAUUGUGACAGAGAAGACAAACAUCCUACUGCGGUAUCUACAUCAGCAGUGGGAUAAAAAGAAUUCGGGGAAGAAGCGAGAGCAGGAGCAGACAGAAGAGGACAGCAUGGCGCCUCCGCGAAAGAUGGCGCGAACGGACAGCGAGGAGCCCACCGAGGAUUCGUAAAGAGCCGCGCUGCUUCCUCCGUUCUCCCAGAGACUCGACUGCUUCAACAGAAUCCACGCAGACAUGUGGCGCAUUUGCAGACGUGGUGGUGCGGUAAACAGUGCUGAUGGUUUCGGAACGCAGCUGUCCCGACGGCCCCCCACAGUGUGACUCCAGGUUUACUCCAGCAGCUCUUUUACUUACCGAGUCUCCAUGUCUCUGCUGUGGAGUGGGAGUCUUAACAUGACCAUACUUCUACCUCCUCUGCCCUCCGUCUUGUUUUGUUCUUCUUCUCCUCCUAAACAGUCUCGUUUGUACACAGCAUGUGAAGUUCUAAUUGUUGCAGAGCUUAUGUAUGCAAUAAUUCACACAUAUGAUUAUGUUGCUAUCAUUCUGGUUCGUGCUCAGUCAGGUAUUUUCCACUUUCAUAAUUGGUAAUGAAAGGAGGCAUUUCAAAUACGUUCUAGUUUCAUCUUUAAUGUUCUCAGUGGUUUAUGAUAAUGUAUUAAUUCUGGGCUUUCUGCAUUAAAAGCUUUCUGCAAAAAGUUGUUUCCUAAGAGAAAAUAGUGAUUUAUUGCCUUAAAUGAUAAGCCGCAUUGGAGAAAUAUGAGUCAGCGUCUAGUGAAGCAGAUUUCAUACUGACAUUGGGGGAUUCAGAUCGGUUUCCAGAAGUAGAUUUUGUAGCUUUCAAGCGCUCUGUGGUGUGAGGCUUCACAACCAAUGGUGUACAUUUUUUAACAAUAAGAUUAAAACAAUACUUCAAUAUGUUGUUAAUACCUACAGCUCUGUUUAAGUUAACUUGUAUUCAUAUUAAUAGCGAGGCUUCCUGUGAGUCCGUGCUAGAAAUGUGCCAGACACACUAAAGAAGAGUCCUGAAAACCGGGCUGAGUUGGGCCGAGCAGGUACCGGUAGGAAAGAGUCCUCUUUAAAGAGUUCAGUGCAUUGAGAAACAAGUUCAGACUGGAAUGCUUACUUCCUGACAAGUGUUUGGAUAUUUGCAGUGUGCAUGUUGGAGUAAGAGUCCUUUGAAAAAUUAUUCAUACUCCUUUAAAUUUGGCACGCUGUCACCACAAAUUAAUUUUUCUUUUUAUUGGGAUUUUUCAUUAAAGAGAAAAACAUUAUAGUGCACACAAUGUAAUGUGACAUCUAAGGAAAUAGAUAAAUAUUUUUGAAAUAAAUCUGAAAAGUGUGACGUGCAUUUGUAAUUGCAGCCUUGACUGUAAUGACAGCAGAAAGCAUUACAUCUGCUAGCUUUGCCUGUGUUACAUAAUAGCUCCAACUCUAGAACAGAUCUGUUCUAGAUGGAGAACUGAUCUGUGAACAUCAGUUUUCAAGUCUUACCAUAAAGUCUGAACAUCCAGGUCUGGACUUUGACUGGGCCAUUUUCAUAACCCGUUCCAUGUUUUGGGGCCUGCUAGAAGACGAAGCUCCUCCUCAGUCUCAAAUGUAAUGCAGGUUUUCUUCCCUGAUUCUCAUAUAUUUAUCUCCAUUCUUCUUCCCUGUUCCCACAGCAUGAUGCACACACUACUGUGUUUCAGAGUGAUGUGGAUUCCUGUCAACAGAUUUGCUUUGGUUCUCUUCAGAAUCCCAGUAAAUUAUGUUUGUCCUUUUAAUGCAACAAAUGGUUUUGUGUUGUAUCUUGUUUCUUGAAGUAAUAUCUUCUUUGUUUAGCUUUGUUUAUGCUGUUGCAUUUAAAGGCAGAUUUUGGUCACAAUGUAACAAGAACAUGUUCUGAACAGUAAAAUGCAUCUUUCUGUCAGAAUUA